CUGCAGCCGAGCGACCGCGCGCGCACGUGAGAGAGAGAGAAGGGGGGGGGAGGAGAGAGAGAGAGAGAGAGAGAGAGAGAAGGCCCGACCCGUCAGGAGCGACGGGCGACGCGUCACUACCUGGGGACGCGCGCGCGCAAGACGGGCGAUGAACGAGCAAGGAGGAGGAGGAGGAAGAAGAAGAAGCAGGGCGGCGCGGGCCCGCGGACCGUCCGAGGCAGCGCCUCGGCGCCGACGCGCUGCGCGUACGCGUAACAUGCUCCACACGCAAGCCUACCUAAGCUUAACCUGCCUGCCUGCCUGCCUUUGCCUGCCGGCCGGCACUACGCAGGGGGCGUGGGGAAAAAAAAAAAAAAAGGGGUUUUUCGUCUACGCAGUCUGCCCGCUGCGCGCGCGCGCUACGGGUAAGAAAAGGGGGACCUCUGCUUCCCUGCGUCCUCCCCCGUGCCUCCGAGGGUCUACCUAUAUGUACCUCGGCAUGUCUGGAUGGCGAGGCGUGCGGAGACAGGCAGACAGACAAGUAGACGAGACUGUAACCAAGGUAGUCGACAGGCUCGCGGACCCCGGCCGUCGGCCCUACGCGGCAUUCGCAGUAGGCUAUGUGUGUGUACCUUUUUUGCGCACACAGGUGGGCUCACGGGGUCGUGUUAGCCGAGGCGAACACGUGCCGCGUUGCCGUUUCGUUGUGCUGAUGCCGUCGUCGUCGCCGUCGGAGGCAGGUGUUGGGGAUGCGGGCGGUUUGGGUCUUGGGUCUUGCGGGGGACGAAGGGUGGAGGGGGGAGGAGGGGGGCAAGUAGACAGACAGGCUAUAGGCAGAUGAGCAGAUAAUAGACGG